AUGAUGGAGAAGACAACAAAAUUUUCUAGAUUUAACAUAAAAGAUCAAAGCUUAGGAAGAUGGAAUUCCCAGUUCCAUGGAGGAAUCAUCGCGCCAAGACCGAUUCUCGUCAUAUCUUUCCUCGAUUACGAACUCAAACUCACGUUCUUUGUUUCAGCAAUGGAGAUAUUGAAGCAGAGAUCAUGUUUUCUGCAGUUGGUAUUGGUGUCUCAUAAUCUAGGCAGCUUCCUAUGCAAAAAGUUUUGGGCCCUCAAAAUGGGAAGGAGUAAGGACUGA